AUGUCUGGAGAAUGGAGUAACGGUCUCUGCGGAUGUUUCAGCAACAUCACGCUUUGUCUUGUAAGCUACGUCGCACCGUGUUACACCGCUGGUAAGAAUGCCGAAUCUGUAGGAGAUGACUGCCUGCUGUGUGGUUUGGUGGUGAUGGUGCCCAUCGCCAAUAUCUACUUCCCCGCGACCAUCCGAGGGAAGAUCAGGGAGCAGAAGGGGAUCGCAGGAAGCCUCGUAAACGACUUGCUAAUGCACUGCUGUUGCGCUCUUUGCGCCAUCGUCCAGGAAGCCAACGAGAUGAAGAGUACCCAGUUCAACCAAGCCAUUGAUCGGCAGUAA